AUGACCAAACUCUCAAACACAUUCCAAAUCCACGACGAGCGUUUCCAUUCUAUCCUCGGUCCAACCCCGACUCUACGAUUACUAGCAGGAAACGAAUCAUACCCCUUUGCCCACGAAGCAGGCGUUUUUAUGGCUUCCACCAACCACCUCUUCAUAACUAGCAGCCGCAUCAAAGACGCCCAAGGCGAACAAUCUGUACGGAUCACCCGUGUUCAUCUUAAUGAAACCCCAGUGAAAUGCGAAGAGAUCCCGACCAGUAUCCCCCUCGCAAACGGCGGCGUGAACUACGGCGAUGACGGGCCUAGUGGACUAUAUCUUAUGUCCACGACACCACCAUAUACCACCAAGCUCCUGAAGGAAGAUUUCUAUGGUCGUCCAUUCAGCUCUGUGAACGACGUGGUUGUCCACUCCGAUGGAUCGAUCUGGUUUACAGACCCGACUUAUGGCUUUGAACAGGGCUAUAGGCCAAAACCUUCUUUACCGAGUCAGGUAUACAGAUGGAAUACAGUAAAUGGAAACACCCGGGUAAUGGCCGAUGGAUUCGGAAAACCGAAUGGAAUCUGUUUUUCGCCUGAUGAGAAGACAGUCUAUGUGACUGAUACGCACUGGUUGCAUGGUGAUGGGAGUACAGAUGACCAGAGGGUUUCCUCGAUGUAUGACCUUUCUAUUGAAAUUAUAUCGUUAUACGCAUUCGAUGUAUCGAUCUAUCACGGCGAGCCCUUUCUCACGAACCGGAGACUCUUCGCAAUGGCCGAUAAAGGUAUUCCAGACGGGAUAAAAUGUGAUCUAGAGGGCAAUGUAUACAGUGGUUGUGGUGACGGGAUCAAUGUCUGGUCUCCUGGCGGUGUCCUGCUCGGACGUAUUCUGAUUGACAGUGGAGUCGCGAAUUUCUGCUUCGGGAGGCGUGGUGAGAUAAUCGCAUUGAACGAGCACCGGUUGUGGAGGGUCCGGCUGGGAGGUGAUGUUAAGGGUGCAUUGUUAGGGAUCUAA